GAAAAUGGCAGAUAAACAAAAGAAAUUGUGAUUCUUGGAUAGGACAAAAAAUGAAGUAAAAGGACAAACAAAAGUUGAAGCCAUAAUUCAUUCUGCUGUCCUUGUAUUGCACCUAAGCCACAAAAUCUAAGCAAUGGCAUAAUCUCUUUUAAUCAAAGAAGCUACAGGAUUUGCACCCAAAGUCACCUAAGUCCUAUGGCCUCUACUUCAGCUCCUCCAUCUCCACUCUCCCUGUUCCUUGGAAAUAAUAGAAAUGGUUAUCCGACAUGGAAGAAGCAAGUUACUAUCCUGAUACAAAAAGCUGUGGCUAAGAGGAAGAACCAUGCUAAACUCUGUGUUUUCGCCGCGACACAAGAUGCAGGAGAACAGCAAAGGGCACCUCCUGGGGUAGAUACAAGGAUUCAUUGGGAGAAUGAAGAUGAAGGGUGGAUUGGAGGGAGCACUUCAAAAGCCAAUGAAGAGCAAUUUAAAGCUGAAACUGAGCAGAAGGAUUUAUUGGGUGAAAAAUUUGCAGAGUUGCUGAAUUCUUCUGAUUCCCAUUAUCAGUUCUUAGGGGUAACACCAGAUGCUGAUCUAGAAGAGAUUAAAGGAGCUUAUAGAAGAUUAUCAAAAGAAUACCACCCAGAUACAACUUCACUUCCAUUAAAAACAGCAUCUGAGAAGUUCAUGAGACUAAGAGAUAUCUAUGAUGUUUUAAGUGAUGAAGAAAGCAGGAGAUUUUAUGAUUGGACAUUGGCUCAAGAGGUAGCUAGUCGUGAAGCCGAGAUGAUGAAGAUGAAGCUUGAAGAUCCCUAUGAGCAAGAUCUAAGGAAUUAUGAACCAGUUCCAGAUUUAGUAGAUAGGCUUGGUGGAAAGAAUUUAGAGCUAAGUGACCAAGCUAUGACUGCUCUUACAUUUGAUGCUAUUAUAGUUGUGUUCUCAAUUGGUUGCAUCAUUUAUGCUGUAUUCUUCAAGGAGUACUAAUAGAUGUACAUCACUGUACUGUGUAUAGAUUAAAGUUGAAACAUGUUUUCCAUGGAAAAGUUUUUAGUA